AUGUCCUCAACAACAGAAACACUGAACCGGUCUGCCGUACUGUCUCACCCAAAGGCUCACCUCAUGGUCAUCACCUCCUCGCCAAUUCCUGUUCCAACUGGGAAUGAGAUACUCAUUCGUGUACGCGCCGUUGCGAUCAACCCAGCCGACCACGCUGUUCAAAAGCUCGGGAUCGUCAUCAAACCCGAGUUCUACCCCUACGUCAGCGGCACCGAUGUGUCUGGAGAAGUCGUAUCUGUUGGUCCUGAUCAGACAAGAUUUAGACCUGGCGACCGUGUAGUAGGCCAUGCAAUGGCAUGGCAGAAAGGCGACAACAAGUAUGGAGCUUUCCAAGAAUACUCCAUCAUGGCUGAGCCUAUGGUAGCCAAGAUCCCAGAUCGUAUACCUUACACGGAAGCAGCAGUUCUCCCUAUAGGACUAACAACAUCGGCUGCUAUGCUGUUCAGUCCGACUUUGAUGGGCCUCGAUCUACCCGUGGCUGGAACCGAGAAGAACUCCAAGGGGAAAGUCGUGGUAGUUUGGGGAGGUAGCUCAAGUGUUGGGUCGAAUGCCAUACAGACUGUGAAGGCAGCUGGAUACAUCGUUGCGGCUACUGCGAGCGAGCAUAACCACGGUUUAUUGAGAGAGAUGAACGUGGAUUAUAUCUUCGACUACAAGAAAGAUGGUAUUGCAGAAGAGAUCAUUAACACUUUGAGCGGUGUCGGCGAUCUUGCAGGAGUUUACUGUGCUGUAUACUCAGACACAGCUAUCACGGCUUGUGCAACAAUUGCAGACAGACUCCAAGGCAAGAAGUCUGUGGGAACUAUACUUCCUCCUGGUCUACCAGUCCCUGGAACGAUCCCAGACAGUAUGCAGGUUCUGGUCAAUGACCACGUUCUUCUGGGAUCAACUGAGACUGGGAAGAGACUAUGGGUUGAUUGGCUUCCGGGAGCUCUCGAAGAUGGGACAUUCAAGUGUAUGCCUCAUCCUGAGAUUGUUGGGAAAGGACUCGAGGAGAUUCAAGGCGCCGUAGAUAUAAUCGGCAAAGGCGUGAGUGGGAAGAAGCUAGUGGUCGAGCUUUAG